AUGCAGGCACAAAAGCGCAAGCUGGUCUUGCACAUGGCCGAAGGGGUUGCGUUUCUACAUGGCCAGCGGCCACCGUUCGUCCACCGUGACCUGAAAAGCGCCAACGUGGUCCUCGAUCAGGACCUGAACGCAAAGCUUUGCGACUUUGGCAUCACCGAGCCCAUGGAGCGAACCCACAUCAGCCGGCGCGCGGCGGAAGCUGGGUCACCAAGGUACAUGGCUCCAGAGCUCUUCGACGGACGCUCCAAGCUCACCGAGAAACUAGACAUUUGGGCCCUUGGCUGCCUCGUCGUCGAGGCCUUGACGAGCCGAAACCCGCACGAGGAGUGCACCAAUGUACAGCAGGUGGCGACGAAGCUGCUCGUGCGCAUGGAGCCUCCCUUCCAGGACGGCUGGGCACUUGGCCUCAACACAGAGGUUACCCACCUCACGCGAUCCUGCUUUACGUGGGACACAAGCUGCCGACCUUCGGCAGCUGCAAUUCUGGAGGUCUUCUCCAACAUUGAGUCUCUCGCCGCCUGA